AUGGCGCAAGGCGCAGCGCAGUCUACCGAGGAUGCCGCAACGUUGGCUGCCGCUCUGAGAAGCCACGAUGAUCUCCAUCACGCGUGGGAGGCGUAUGAAGCACGGAGAAAGCCUCGAGCGGCAUACAUUGCUCGCAAUACUCGAGUGCUCCAGGAGUGGCUGCACCUCGAAGAUGGUCCGGCGCGCGAAGCUAGAGAUGAGAUGAUGGGUCACGACAACGAGAGCAGCCCAGUGUUCUGGGGCUCUGCGGCACGGAAGGACUGGCUAUUUAGUCAUGAUGCAUCUCGGCUUGCUCAAACGCCCGAAGCAAUACCUCCUUUGCCUCCCCGACCGCCAAAAGAAGCAUCUGUUUAUGAUAGGAAGCGACAUUCAGGUAGGGGUAAUUUGUGA